GGGCUUUCCCAGGGUAGGAACCAUCUUGCUCGAGCGGCUGGGACGCGACCGCUUGGCGGAAGUCUCUCUCAGGCGCACCUCCGGUCAGUGACUGCAUUCACGUCCCGCGGGCUCGCGCCCCAGUUCCGAGUAGAAAAAACAUCCCACCGCGCGUGGAAGCAGCUCCUGUAGGGCGUUCCCAGCAAGCCCUACGCCUUAAGAUCAGCAGAUAACAAGCUCUGGGCUAGCUUGUUAUCGUGUCCCGCGGGCGACGCCACCCUAGUCGCUGACAGGGCUGCCCACUGAUACUUCUAGCGCUGGCGAACAGCUGUUGCCAUCUGCAGAGGGCCGGCUAACAGGGAAACGCCUUCGCAUGGCCACCAAGACCGGGUAGCAACUCGCCUAGUAUCUUGGAGCCGGCCAAUCAAGUGUGGCCGAGGGCGGAGCUUCUCCAGGCGCCCGGGCAGCGGCGAGCGACUUCCGGCAAUAUUGCCCAAGAGAAGCAGCUUGUGUACCUCCAGGUCGUCCAGCGUCAGGUGGGAAUUACAGGAGAGCCAUGCCAUUUCUGGGUCAAGACUGGAGAUCUCCUGGGUGGAGUUGGAUUAAAACUGAAGAUGGCUGGAAGAGAUGUGACUCCUGUAGUCAGGAGCUUGAAAGAGAGAACAGCCAGUGUACCGUCACUCACGAUGUUAUCUUAAAUAGUGAAGAUGAAGAAAUAUUCAAUAAUGAAGAGUGUGAAUAUGCUUACAAAAAAAGGAAAAAGGACCAUUUCAGAAAUGACACAAAUGCCCAAAGUUUUUAUCGUGAGAAAUGGAUCUAUGUCCAUAAAGAAAGCACAAAAGAAAGGCAUGGUUAUUGUACCUUAGGAGAAGCCUUUAACCGGCUAGACUUUUCAAGUGCGAUUCAGGAUAUCCGAAGAUUCACUUAUGUGGUCAAACUAUUGCAGCUAAUUGCAAAAUCCCAGUUAACUUCAUUGAGUGGUGUGGCACAGAAGAAUUACUUCAGCAUUUUGGAUAAAAUCGUUCAAAAGGUUCUUGAUGACCACCAGAAUCCUCGCCUGAUCAAAGAUCUCCUGCAAGACCUGAGCUCUACUCUAUGUAUUCUUAUCAGAGGGGUAGGGAAGUCAGUGCUAGUAGGGAACAUCAAUAUCUGGAUUUGCCGCUUAGAAACUGUCCUUGGCUGGCAACAACAACUACAGAAUCUUCAGAUGACUAAGCACGUUAACAGUGGCCUCACCCUCAGUGACCUGCCCUUGCACAUGCUGAGCAACAUCUUGUACCGCUUCUCGGAUGGGUGGGACAUCAUUACUCUGGGCCAGGUGACACCCACCCUGUACAUGCUCAGUGAGGACAGGCAGCUGUGGAAGAAGCUGUGUCAGUACCACUUUGCUGAGCAACAGUUCUGUAGACAUUUGAUCCUUUCAGAAAAAGGUCAUAUCGAAUGGAAGUUGAUGUAUUUUAUACUUCAGAAAUAUUAUCCAACUAAAGAACAGUAUGGAGACACCUUACAUUUUUGUCGGCACUGCAGUAUUCUUUUUUGGAAGGAUUACCACCUCACCUGGUUACUGAAGGAUUCAGGACAUCCCUGCACUGCAGCUGACCCAGACAGCUGCUUCACGCCUGUGUCUCCACAGCACUUCAUUGAUCUCUUCAAGUUCUAGAGACAUUCCUCACCCCUGCUGUGCCUGUUGGAGAGUGCACAUUGUGCUUUCUGUGUGGUAGCUGGUAGUAGAUGUUUAAUGUGACCAAAAGUCAUGGCAGAAUCCAAGUCCCUCAUAUCCAAAAGGAAAAUGAGAAACUGCCCCUCGGUCACCAGGUAGUAGGAAGACAUUGUUGGACAUUUGCAUCUCUGAAGGAGUCAGGAGAUUCAAACAAAUCAUUUCUACUUCUUUCUUUCAAACUUCUCUUCUAAGCAAAUUAAAAUUUACAAUUUUGUAUAUUUACAAAUAUAGAUCAGAAAAUAUUUUGGAGCCUAAUUCUAUGUUGAACUGACAAAACCAACCAAGAAUAUGUUUCAUAGUUGUUAAAUUAUAGUUUUCCAUCUUAUAGUAAUUGGGGUACAAGAUAAAACAACUGAUUCUUGUAAAUACAUUGUGCAGAAUAUUUAUUUUUCUUAAAAUACAAUUUUACAACGGCAAUGGCUAUGCCCAUACGGGCCCUCCUUGAGAAGAAGGUGAACCCAGGGAAACACUGGGCAUUUUUGCCUUGGUGUUUACCCCGUGGGUAGUGAACUGUGCCAACUGUCCAUAGCCAGCAGUGGUUGGUUUUCUGCUCCUACAUAGCCCUGCAGCCAGGACCAAACCUCGGACAGAAGCUCUGCUGAGGCAGGUGGGACAGCCCAGCAAGGCCUGCACUGGAUUUGGAUAGUGGGUGCUUCCAGAAACAAGAAACGAAUCAUAAUCUAUUUGUUAUUCCAUUUCAUCUGUUUUGCAUCUUACUGAGAAAAGUGGUGUUAGUGAUUUUUUAUGUCAUUUAGACUUUCAAAAGACUGUAUUUUUUAAAUAAUGCAUGUCUACUUUAAACCUUGAAAAUAAAGUAUACAAACAAAUUAAACUCA